AAUUUCAUCUUGGAUGCUGUCUAUGAACCGGGAACGCGCAUAUCCAGAGCAGAAAUUGCGACUAUUUUGGAUUUAUAAAAAGGUAAGAAUUCUAAAUGUUGGCCUAUAGCAGCGGUAACUGGUAACUGUGCUAAGCCGGGCGAAUAACUGAAAACAGCUCAAUUGACGGCACACACCCACUCAACGCCUUUCACACCUCGCUCGAACAAAUAAACACUGCUGAUAAUAGUAGUGAGGCGAAAACGAAGCGAGGAAAAAUAAUGUAGGUAAAAGGAAAAAAAUCAAUUUCAGCGCGAAAAAAGAAAGCCAUGAAAUGUGCAAUCGCCACAAAAAAAAAAAGCAGAAAAAAACUGCAACUGUCAACGGGACACAAAAAACUUUGUUGUUUACAAUUUGGCGUCGUUGUUGUUGUUGCUGUUGCCUUUUGGCUUGCAGCGCUUGCAAAAUAUUGAAUUCAAUUUAAAGCGCAAGGGGCGUUCAUAAAUCUCCGACAAUUGUUGUUGGCGGAGCAAGAGAGGAUCGGGUAUUGUGAGUGGGGGAGAAGUAGAAAGGUGCACAGUAAAAAUUUCUAUUUAUUAUUCAUUUAUAUUUUAAUACUUGAAAUACAUUUUUCAUGAUAAUAUUCACUAUUGUGACUACAAACAUGGUCUUAAAAUUUAAAUUUCUACGAAUUAUUUGAUUAUUUUUUCCAUGAUGAAUAAUAUAAUAAUUAAUAUUGAGGAUGUCUUGCCUUGUCUUUGAAAUAAUCUUUUGCCACUGUGCACUUCAGGGCAGGCAGGGAAACGGUGAAAGAGUUAAAGUCGGAUUAUGGUCAUGCACUUACUCCCGAUGCCAAAACCUUCCCUUCCACUCAUUGUCCGCCGUCUCAUCCGCUCAACUCAUUUAUUCCUUUUGAUUGCCGUCGUGCGAGGGAGAUGGAUGGGAGGGGAGAUCGUAAACUGUCAGCGCAAUUAAAAUAAAUUGAAACUGAACUUUUGUGUAUACAGUGAGAAAAUACCACAAGAAGAGACGUACAAAUAUUAAAUGUUAAAUAUUUUCGUAUGAAAAUUCUUUUUUAACAAUUUAAAAUGCAUUUUGGUUUAGGGUUAUAAAGAAAACUAUUUUGAUGCCUAAAUAUUUUUAGAAGAAGGUCCUUAGUCUUUAAUUUAAUUAGUUAAAAAUUAAGAAGUAAGAUUUUUAGGACAAAUAUAUUCUGGAUGGAUCAGUACAUACAAUUUCUCUUGAAACUUAAUUUGGAAUUUAUCAAUAUAUUUUUAACAUUAAAUAACUUUCACAAUAUUAUCUUAUUUGAUUUAAUGAUGAAAGUUUUUACAUUUUUCUGCGUGCUGAAAUAAAAUUUUCCGCAACUUUUCCCGCCCAGCAGCUGUCGCAUAAUUCAUCAACUAUUUAGGCGGCAGUAAAAGGAAAAUUGAAGAAAAAUUUGCGUGUGUGUCGCAAAAAGUUUUUCAUUUUUAGCAUCAUGAUUGUUUGGAGGGAUGAGCGCAGAGAGGAGGAAUUGCUGGCAGAAAGAUUUAGAAGAUGGAGCAGCAGAGCAGGAACUUUUGCCUGGUAGCCGGGGCCAGAAAACGUUUGCCUGCCAUGGCCAUGGGCAACUAAAUGAACGUUCCACCGUACUCGGUCCUCCAUCCUCUGUCCGUUGUCCGUACCUUGCUGUCCGUUCCGUCCAAUGUCUAACCCGUCUCUUUCCCUUAGCCAUGCCCCGUCUCAUUCUGUGCGGUUACCUUCCUUCGCUGCUCGUAUCUCAAAUUGUUCAACUUCAUCAGCAAAAAGUAAGGGAAAAGAUGCUGCCGCUGCCGGUGAUUGUGAAUGUGGAUGUGGCUCUGCAUGUGGCUGUGGAUGUGCUGCCAAAUCACACCAAGUCAGGCUACCCCUUGUCCCCUAUUCCCAAUGCCCAACCCCCUACCCCGUUCUCCUCACUCCCCAAGUCGAUUGUCAUGAGUCUGAGCCGAGACUCUUUGCUUUUGUCCUUUUUGUUCUCCAGCAGCAGCAUCGGUGGAAUAUAAGACCCCGAGGACCCAGAGCACUUGAGCCCGGUGCCCGAGUUGAGGAAGUCAAGGGAGAUAAGGGAAGGGGCUAAGCAGGCGGAGUUAAGCGGAUGCAUAAUACGGAAAAAUGUCUUGAAAACAAGAAGGGAAUAAUGCUACACUUCUCAGAUUGGAAGCUUGGGAUACACUUCAAUUUAGAGUAGAGUAAAAACUAUUAUUUUUCUUGGAUUAAAUAAGUAUUUCUAUAAUUGAAAGGUAAUUUAAAGAUAUUUUCUUAUUUAUUGCAAUUAUUAGGAUUUUCUUGUUUAAAGUUUUAAAAUCAAUGCAGUCACUUAGAGCUGCAAAGAAAAAUCAAUAAAAAGUAAAGUGGGAGUACAUUUGUAGCAGAAUCAAUCCAGAUCCCUAGCUUGUCCAGUCAAAAUUUCAGCCCCCGGCGCUCCCGAGAAAUGGCUCUCGUUCAGAUAGAUGAGUGCGAUUUCCACGCCCAUCGCGACGCCCAGCAGAUGGUGGACACGUGCCAGGACUUUGCAGACCACCUGAUCGUGGCCGAGUUCCUACCACACAGCCGCUGGGUGGCCUACAUCAAUAUUCGCACCCUGGAGCAGGUCAUCUAUUGCGUGGAACUCAGUCUUAACGGCUAUCGGAUCGUGGCCUAUGACUUUGAUAAUGUGGCCGAUGAGGUGGCAAACUGUGACACCGUCUACCCCUCCGCUCACCAGCUCCUUGCUGCAAUAAGUCCACUGUAUGCGGAGAUAUAUGGGUUUGGGCGAGUUCCCCUAAAGAAUAUCGGAAGAUAGAUGGGAGCUGCUGCUGGGGGCGUGGCAGGUGCAAAAAUUUGUCUGCUAAUUGCUAAUUGCCGCCCCGAAAAGUGAUAAUUAAACGUUUUGCGCAGGUAAAUGACUUGAUUGCCAUAAUAAAGCCUGCAGCUUUGGGUUGUA